UGAUGUUAGAUAAAAGCACUAAUUUUUAGUUUUAUCAAAAAUCAAUAGGUACCUACGAUAACAUAUUUAUAUUUUGUAAUAAUCCAAGUGAAACAUAAACGGUGUUUGGAUGCAGUAAAAAAUACAAUAUUUGUUAUAACGGUCUUUAACAUACAAAACACAAACAUGUAUAAUCGAAAAAAUAAAAGCAGUGAAAGUAGAAGUGAAAAUAUGGAAAAUGAUGAAUCAGUGACAGAAACACCUCGCAAAAGAAAUAAAAAAGUGACGUAUUUAAGACAUUUUCCCAAUGUCGUCGAAGAAGAAGUAUUGCGAAGAUAUCCUUGUGCAUUGGUCAUUGACUUUCUAAGACAAGGUUACCUGUAUGUCACAAAGAAUUAUUUGGCCUUUCAUUCAAACAUAUUCGGAUAUGUUACCAAACUUUUAAUUCCUUUGCUUAGUAUUGAAGAUAUUACAAAGGAAAAGACCGCAAAAAUAAUUCCCAAUGCUAUAGGAAUACAAACAUUGGAGGGCAAACAUACAUUUUCCAGUUUCUUGUCAAGAGAUAGGACGUUAACGUUUAUAACAGAAGUCUGGAAACAAGCCAAACAUGCGGAAACUAUAUCUUUGGAUUCAUAUGAGAGGGACUCUGAUUACAGUAUGUGUUCAUCUGAAGAAGAAAUCGUCGAAGAAACUCACAAAACUAGUGUGACCGAUUCAUUAUCUAGAGAGAAAACUGAAACUGAUUCGGUACCUAGACAGAAACCUGAAAUCAAAGCUCGAAUAUCAAAACAAUCCACAACCCAUUUCUUCCUCUACUACGCUGCAAUUAUUCUGAUUAUUCUUCUUUUCUUAUCAGCAGCAGUUUUGUUGCACCGUAUACUUAGAAUAUAUAAUCGAUAUUCUUAUGAAACUCCAAACGAAUCAGAAAAGAUGUAUUAUAAAGAACUGGAGAAUUUUUUUCAAAAAAAUCCUGAGAUGUUAGCUAAAUCAUUUGGAUCAAUCCACAAUUUUGCGGAAGAAAAUAUAAAACAUGUGUCAUCGGUACGAAAGUCCCUAGAAUCCCUAUAUUCUGCAAUAAUAUCGGAAUCUGAGAAAUCAAACACCAACGAUUUUAAAAAAGUUUAGUACAAGUAUUUUUGUAAAGUAAAUCUAUGUUAGAUCUACUAUUACAUGUAAGAAUGAGAAUAUAUUUAUUACAAUAAACAUUUUUAUUAGCUACAAUAAACAUUUUUAUUAGUCACC